AUGGCUGGAGGAGCUGCUGCAGUGACGGGGGUGGACGCAAAGUACGCGCACCUGAUCAACCCGAACAGAAAGUGGUACAACAAUCGGCGUCUCAUCACUCUUAACGCCUGGAUUGUCCUGUUGCUUAUCACGGCUUCUACGAAUGGUUUUGAUAACAGUUUGAUGAAUGGCUUCCAGUCUCUAGGUCAAUGGGAAGACUACUUCAACAACCCUCAGGGUGGUAAGCUUGGUGUUCUGAACGCUAUUCAGAAUAUCGGCUCUCUGGCAGGCUAUCCUUUCGCGCCAUAUGUCUCUGAUGGACUUGGUCGGCGACCUGCAAUAUGGAUCGGUGCAACAAUCAUGUUGGUUGGCGUCGCCGUCCAGGCUGCCGCAAACAGUCUCGGCAUGUUCAUCGGUGCCCGAUUCUGCAUCGGUUUUGGACUGACGUUUGCUGCCAACGCGGCGCCCAUGUUGGUCACCGAAAUAUCUUACCCGACAUACCGUGCGCCUCUUACGUCACUCUACAACUCUCUAUGGUACUCUGGUAAUAUCAUUGCAUCGUGGACGACGUACGGAACUCAGCACAUCAACAGCACCUGGGCAUGGCGUAUUCCCUCUAUUCUCCAGGGUCUCCCUUCCAUAUUCCAGUUUUUCUUGGUUUUGUUUGCCCCAGAGAGUCCACGUUGGUUAAUCUCCAAGGGCAAGGAUGAGCAGGCUCUCAAGACUCUUGCUUACUACCACGCCGAUGGUGACGAGCAAGAUCCGCUUGUUCUGUACGAGUUUGAGGAAAUAAAAGCCGCUAUCACUUUGGAGUGUGAUGCUGGUUCAAAGAUUGGCUGGCGGACACUUGUCGCUACCCCUGGAAACAGGAAGCGUAUGGUCCUCGUUGUUGCCAUCGCUUGGUUCUCUCAGUGGUCUGGGAACGGCCUCGUGUCCUUCUACUUGAACAAGGUGUUCGACAGUAUUGGCAUCACAAGUCCUACGAUCCAGUUGCUCAUUAACGGUAUCCUUGCCAUUUGGAACCUAUUCUGGGCCGUCCUCGCAGCGUUCAUGGUCGACCGCCUCGGCCGACGCUUCCUGUUCCUCACAUCUUGUGCAGGUAUGGUCGUCAUGUUCGCGAUGCAGACCGUAUGCUCUGCAGAGUUUGCUAUCCAUGGCACGCAGGCCGCUGCACACGCCGUCAUCGCCUUUAUCUUCCUGUACUACGCAUUUUACGACAUUGCAUUCACGCCGCUUAUCGUCUCGUACACUGUCGAGAUCCUGCCAUACACCAUCCGCGCGAAGGGCUUCAACGUCUUCAAUUUCGUUGUGUCUCUCGCGCUCAUCUUCAACCAGUAUGUCAACCCAAUCGCGCUCAAGAGCAUUGCGUGGAAGUACUACAUCGUCUACGUCUGCUGGCUCGUGUUUGAGUUCUUCUUCUGCUACUUCAUGAUAAUCGAGACGAAGAACCACACACUCGAAGAGACCGCGGCUCUGUUCGAUGGCGAAGACCUCUCUAACCGUAUUGUUGUUGGCGUCCCGCACGAUGUCAAGCACGACGACAGGGACUACAGCGAUAAGGGUUCUGCGUAA